GCCAGCACCCAAGCAGAAGGGCUGUGCCGGCCGCCCGCCUGCCCACAGUCCCCACUCUCUCUCCCGACCUGGCUGCCCGCUGCUUGUCUGUAACCUGUCUGCUGGCACCCACCUGUAAGUCCCUCUUGUCCUUCCUUGUCUUGCUGCCCUGCGUGCCAGUCCAGCCGCUGCCUGUCUUUGUGUAUCUGUGCGAUCACCCAUCCCACCCCACUCAUCUCCAUCCAUCCACUGGCCCACCUGUCUUCUCCUCUUUCCCUUGGGCCACAGAGCCAUGGCCUGUGGCCGCAGGGCCACCCUCAGCCUGGUCCUGCUGGGACUGGCCCUGACGCUGGCCAUUGUCGUGCUGGCUGUGGUCCUUUCCCGCCGCCACACCCCCUGUGGCCCUAACGCCUUCCUCCGCGCUGCUGUGGCCGCUGACUCCAAGGUCUGCUCAGACAUUGGACGAGCCAUCCUAGAACAGCAAGGCUCACCUGUGGAUGCCACCAUUGCCGCUCUGGUCUGUACUGGCGUCAUCAACCCCCAGAGCAUGGGCCUGGGUGGAGGGGUCAUCUUCACCAUUUACAACGCAACAACAGGUAAAGUGGAGAUUAUCAAUGCCCGCGAGUCUGUGCCGGCCAACAGUGACCCUGACCUGCUCAACAGAUGUGAUCAGGCCAUGCCGCUGGGCACAGGGUCCCAGUGGAUAGGGGUUCCAGGGGAGCUCCGUGGCUAUGCUGAGGCCCACCGCCGCCAUGGCCGCCUGCCCUGGGCACAGCUAUUCCAGCCCACCAUCGAACUGCUGAGAGGCGACUUCCGCCUGCCCUCCAUCCUCAGCCAGUUCCUGCACAGCAGGUUCCUGCAGCCCUCACUGACCACAUCCUCCUUGCGGCAGCUCUUCUUCAAUGGGACGGAGCCUCUGCAGCCACAGGACCCAUUCCCCUGGCCUGCGCUGGCUGCCACCCUGGAGACGGUGGCCGCCGAGGGUGCAGAGGCUUUCUACAAGGGCAGGCUGGGCCGGAUGUUGGUGGAGGACGUUGCCAAGGAAGGAGGCCGGCUGACCAUGAAGGACUUGGGUGACUUCCACCCAGAGAUACUGGAUGCCCUCGAGAUGUCACUGGGGGACUACACGUUGUACUCACCACCGCCGCCGGCAGGGGGCGCCAUCCUGAGCUUCAUCCUCAACGUGCUCAGAGGGUUCAACUUCUCAGCGGACUCGGUGGCCAGCCCUGAAGGAAGCGUGGACGUGUACCACCACCUUGUGGAGACAUUCAAGUUUGCCUGGGGCCAGAAGUGGCGGCUGUGGGACCCCCGCAGCCAUCCGGAGAUGCAGAACGACUCCCUUCCCCUGCUGGGGGAAGAGCUGGCCAGGCACACUCGCCAGCAGAUCGAUGGCCGUGGCGACCACAGGCUCAGCCACUACAGCCUGGAGGGGCCCUGGGACUACCGGAUGGGCACUUCUCACGUGUCGGUGCUUGGGGAGGAUGGCAGUGCGGUGUCAGCCACCAGCACCAUCAACACGCCCUUUGGGGCUAUGGUGUACUCCCCACGGACGGGGAUUCUUCUCAACAACGAACUCCUAGAUUUCUGCUGGAGACGUCGGCCGGGCUCCAGCAUCACCCCAGCUCCUGAGGAGGGAGCUAGGGUUGGGCCCGUGCCUGACACCACCUGCCCUCGGGCCCCAGUUCCAGGAGAGCGGCCCCCAUCAUCCAUGGUCCCUUCCAUCUUGAUCAGCGCAGCUCGAGGAGCCAAGCUGGUGAUUGGCGGGGCUGGGGGAGAGCUCAUCAUCUCUGCCGUGGUCCAGGCCGUCAUGAAUAAGCUGUGGCUGGGCUUGGACUUGUCAGAGGCCAUCGCAGCUCCCAUCCUGCACGUGGGCAGCCAGGGCCGUGUGGAGUUCGAGCCCAGCUUCAGUCAGGAGGUGCAGAAGGGGCUGCAGGAGCGUGGCCACAGCCAGAGCCAGAGGCCCUUUUUCCUGAACGUGGUCCAGGCUGUGGCACAGGAGGGGACGUGCGUGUACGCCGUGUCGGACUCCAGGAAGGGUGGGGAGGCUGCGGGCUACUGAGGAGACGCCCUUCUGCACUGCCCGGGCAAGGAAUGCUCUGGAGCCGGGAUCUGACUCCAUCCUGAACGUGGCCAUGGACUGCAUGCAAACUGGAAGAGACCCGAACCAGCCUGGCAG